AAAGCAGUUUCGAAAAAAUUUUUCAGAAUAAACUUAUUUGGUUUUAGUUUUUAGAUAUUUGAGUAACCCCCUAAAUCUACACAGAGAGGACUUUUUACUUAAACUGAUCGAAGGUACAACUUUGGCACGACUGUUAAGAAGUGGUUCACGUUGAUUUAAAUGAUGACUUAUACAUAGAUUGUAACCGGAAGAUCUACAUUAAGAAUUUUUACAUAAACGAAGAAUACAACGGUGAUACGGCCCAGCAGAAGACAAAUCAGCAGGCGGCAAACGCCAAUCAGCAUCAACAUCAGCAACAGCAACAGCAACAGCAGCAGCAGCAGCAGCAGCAGCAGCAGCAACAGCAACAUCAGGAUAUUUUUAUGCAUAGCAGUAGAUACGGAUCAAGCCUGCACGGAAUCGCAGCAGCUCCCGCGACAGUAGCAAGAGCUGCAACAACUGCAACAAUAACUACAGCAGCAGUAGCAACAGCCACAGCAGAGACAAGAGCAACAACAACAGUAAUAAGAAGUUUCAUCACUGCCGCAAGUCUGGCGGCGGCAUACAAAUGGCGUCGGGUCAUAUAGAGCGCAACAGCGUCCAGAGCAUGAGCAGCUCAGCCACCAGCCAACACGGCCACAAUCGCCAACACAAUUACACAAGUGGACAGUCACAGGGUCACGGACAGGGACAGGGACAGGGACAGGGACAGGGACAGGGUCAGGGUCAGGGUCAGGGACAGGGUCAGGGACAUUCGCAGUGCCAGUUACAGAGUCAGGGACAGGGACUGGGACAGGGUUUGGGACAGGGCUACGGACACGGCGAUUCGCUGGCUGUCAGCAGCAAUAGCAGCAAUGGCAAUGCCAAUGCCAAUAUGAAUGCGCGCAUUAACAGCAAUUCAACAACUAGCACUGGCAGCAAUCACCUUGGCAGCAAUUUGCCGAUCUUCUAUAGACACUGCUCCGAGUAUCAGUCGGGGCCGCAUGCAAAUCUUAAUCAUGCAGCUAACAUUUAUAAUGUGCGCUCGUGGAACAGCUGGGAUGCGCAGCCGCAGCAGCAGCAGCAGCAGCAGCUGCCACAUCAUCACCAGCUGGCCCAGCAGCAGCAGCAGCAGCAGCAACAUCUCGUACACCAGCAACAGCUUUUCGAUCUGCAACCAUCGAGAUCACAUCAGCUAAAUGUAAGCGCACCCAGCUUUACGCCAGCUAGCGCCAGAGCUGCUGGUGGUGGUCUAGCAGCAACAGCAACUGCAACAGCAACUGCAACAGUAACUGCAACUGCAACAGCAACAGCAACAGCAGCAGCAACAGCAACAUCAACGGCGUCGGCGACAACGGGUCCUACGAGAACGCUUACAGUGACGGGUCUGGGCAUGACUAUGGCUAUGGGUACGGGCCGGCGCACGACCAUACCUUUGAUACCUAGCCAUUCGCAGCCGCAGCUACACACACAAGCACAUUCGCAUUCACGUAGCCAUUCUGAGCGGAGCAAUAGUAGACGCCAGCAGCUGCCGGAUCUAUUUCAAACGGUGCUCAAACUGAUGCGAGAGCUAAAUCGUUCUGUUAGCUAUCCGGAAAUGAUUGGCAUGCUAUCGAUGCGGCUGCAGCGCUUGCCGGUUGAGCUUAAACGUCAUAUACCCCAUACAUUGCAUGGCGCCGUUGCUAAUGGCUAUUUGCGCAAGGAUGGCAAUUAUUAUACGCUGCUGUCGGAGCAGGAGCAAAAGGAGAUUAUGAAACGCAACCAGGAGGCAGCCAAGCGUGCCAAGGAGCUAGAGAAGGAGCCGCUAUCGUGGCGCAUACGUUAGAAUUCGACCUUUGCUCGCUUCACUCGUAACAAUCUUGGCCGUUGCCAGGGAUUUGGAGUGUAGUUCGUAUCGUUGAUGUUUUUGUUCCCGCGUUAUUUGCACAUACAACACCACAUCCCCCACAACCCCCAUUCCCCAACAACCCCCACCAAUUUACACCCCCACUUCCUCUACACGCCAUGAAUCUAACGAAAUGCCAAAUUGUUCCAC